UUUUGUAUUUUAAUUAAAUGUAAUGGGUCUAACUGAUUCCUGGUAGUCCACUUACAGUUGGGCUGUAUUUGACGGGCUACAGCACAAGACUGGCCCGGCCCGUAUUAGAAAUGGGCUCAAGAUAUCCAGAUCAAACAAUUUGGGCCAAUUUUUCUCUCUCGCACCAGUUGCUGGAAGAAACCGAAGGAACAUGGAUGCAUAUUCAUGGCUUCGACGCAGCAUUUCCAAACUGAAAAAGACCUCCUUGCCCUCCACCACCACCACCACCACCGCCGCCGCCGCUGCUUCUGCCGCCAAGAGCUCGAAAAUCAAAACAAAAGAAGAAGAAGAAGAUGAACAAUUGUAUGGAGUCACUGAGCAAUUGGCGGAAUUCAUCAAAUCCUUCUCUCUAGAAACCUUCACAAACUUCUCUCUCAUCGAUGAAGAGAGAAGCAGCGUUGAUGGUGAAGAUUCCGGAAAUUUGAGUAAGGAUCUUUCCGAUUGGCAAGAGAAACACGCCAUGCUUGUUCUUUCCAGAAUCAAGGAGCUUGCACAACUCAGGUUUCGGUUAUGCCCCCGCUAUUUGAAGGAAAGGGAAUUCUGGAGAAUAUAUUUUUCGCUUGUUAGGAGUUACGUGAUUGAAUAUGAGCUACGUGCUGUGCGUCUAGCCAAACUAGAACAGAUGAGGAUGGGAAAUGAAACUGUCUCCAACAAUAGUAGUGCCUGUGAAGUCGAAAUGUCCGAAGCAAAGUUUUCGUCCGAAACUUCUACCCAACAAAAAUGAGGUGGUUAUACAUUGGUUGUUGCUUUAAGAACUAUUACGAACUGAAAGGGCUUCUUUAAAAGCGGGUAAAAUUCGUACAACCCUCGUUUCUCGUUAGACUAUGUAUAUUCAUGAACUAUUCCGUCACUCAUUAUGGACAAGCAUCUUCUAGACUAUACAUAUGAGAGUGUUGAAAAAUAUUAACAAAAUUGGAGGGCGAUAUUUAUCAAAAAGCGUGUGAU